GUGGGCCUGGGUUCCGAAGCCCGACGACUGACUCCUCCCGGAGGACGCCUCCUCUGACCGCAUUUCCUCUUCUGGGCCUCUGAGCCUCACCUCAGGCACACUCAUUAAUGACACUCUUUGGCAGCCUGUCACCCACUCGGCUGGGAGCGCCUGAGGGAAGUAAUUGCGAGGGGUGUAUGUGGGUCACCGCGGCGCUCCGGCCUCGCUCUGACCAGGAGAGGUGGCGAGGCAGCCCCGGGGAAGCAGAAAGGGAGCAGGAGCCGGCCGCAGAGCUAAAGAAGGAGUGCGAAGCGUGUUGCGCUGCGUCAGCGAGCCCCGGAGCGCCCGGAGUCUAGCACGGCCAGGCCGGGAGCGCAGUGCAGUCGGAGCGGAAGAGGCGGGGACGCCGGCGACGCCAGGAGCGCGCGGUCCGGACUCUGCUGCAGGUCAGAGGUGCCGCCCGGAGACCCUGGGCCAGCGCCGGGCACAGCUGCUUCUGCGCGUUUGCCUGUCCGUCUUUGUGUCUGUCUCUGUGUCUAUCUGGCUGUCUCCGAGCCUGCCUCCACUUCUAAAACUAAGCCGCGCGGACACCGACAUCCCCUGGGUCCCCGCCCCUGUCCCAUGGCAGGCUACUUGCCCCCCAAAGGCUACGCCCCUUCGGCUCCACCGCCCUACCCUGUGACCACCGGAUACCCGGAGCCGGCGCUGCAUCCUGGGGCCGGGCAGGCGCCGGUGCCCGCCCAGGUGCCCAGCCCCGCGCCAGGCUUCGCUCUCUUCCCCUCGCCUGGCCCCUUGGCCUCGGGGUCUCCUGCCCCCUUCUUACCACUGCCCGGGGUGCCUCCUGGCCUCGAAUUCCUGGCGCAGAUUGACCAGAUCUUGAUUCACCAAAAGGUUGAGCGAGUGCAAGGGCUCCUAGGCUGGGAAACCUGUAACCGGUAUGAACUGCGCUCGGGGGCAGGGCAACCCUUGGGCCAGGCGGCCGAGGAGAGCAACUGCUGCGCUCGCCUGUGCUGUGGUGCCCGCCGGCCGCUGCGUGUACGCCUGGUGAACCCCGGGGACCGCGAAGUGCUGCGCCUGCUACGUCCGCUCCACUGUGGCUGCGGCUGCUGCCCCUGCGGCCUCCAGGAGAUGGAAAUACAGGCUCCACCGGGCACCACCAUUGGCCACGUACUACAGACCUGGCAUCCGUUUCUCCCCAAGUUCUCCAUCCAGGAUGCUGAUCGCCAGACUGUCCUUCGGGUGGUGGGGCCCUGCUGGACCUGUGGCUGUGGCACAGACACCAACUUUGAGGUGAAGACCCGGGAUGAGUCCCGCAGCGUGGGCCGUAUCAGCAAGCAGUGGGGGGGGCUGCUCCGAGAAACUCUCACGGAUGCAGAUGACUUUGGCUUGCAGUUCCCCACGGAUCUGGAUGUGAAGGUGAAGGCUGUGCUGCUGGGAGCCACGUUUCUCAUUGACUACAUGUUCUUUGAGAAGCGAGGAGGUGCUGGGCCCUCUGCCAUCACCAGCUAGAGGCCGCUUCAGGGUGAGGAGACCAUCACCUCAAACAGAAUUCAGGAUGGUCACCUGCUCUGGCCUGGCCCUUCCUCAGAGGCAGCCUCUUUCAUCCAUGUACACAGCAGGGGACAGACGGGGUACCUGAGAGGCUGGGGGCCGUGUGCCCCAUCCCUACCCUACCUCUCUGGCCUCCUUCACCUGUGGCCCCCCACAAAGAGUGUGUAUGAGAGCCCUUCCCCACUACCUCCCACCACUGUCUCUUGGCAUACAGGCUAUUGGCUUUCAGACCUUCCCUACCCACCCCCUCCUACCCCCUUCCAGGGCCUCUGCUCCAGAAAGGGCCUUUGGAACCCAGAACUUUGGGAUGUUAUGACAGAACCGGGAUGGAGGAUAAACAGCACCAAAGAAUAGCGGACAUGGCCACCCCUCUCCUGCAUCAGCUUGGCCAAUCAAUUCAGCCCCAGACUACAGCACUUUGAGGGGAUUCCUGCCUCCCCACCAACAGCUGUAGAGGCUGGGCCCUAGUGCCAACCUCCCCUGCUCUUGGGCCCUGCCCACAGCUGGUGCUUGCUGCAGCUUCCUGUGCCUUAUUUAACCACCCCUUCCUUCCAUUGCCCUAGGAAGGAGGCUGCAUCUUUGUAUGGUAUAUUCAUAUAAACUUUGUAAUUUUUUUGGACUUUGAAA